AUGGAUUUGAAUGAGCGGAUUUCUGGCUCCAAUAUGUAUUUACCGAGCUGCACUUACUACGUCUCCGGAGCAGACUUCUCAGGGCUCCCACAUUACUUAACCCAGAGCCAGUCCUCUUGCCCCAUGACAUACCCCUACCAGUCAAUGCCACAGGUCCCGUCCGUGAGAGAGGUGGCGUUCAGAGACUAUGAUGCGUCCAGUAAAUGGCACCACAGCAGGGGGAGCCUGGCACACUGCUACCCGGAGGACAUGGUGCACAGGGACGGCUGGCCGAGCCCGACCUCCCGGGGUGCAGAGAUCCUGGUGAAGGGUAGUCACUCCAGCAGCUCCUCAAACCCGACUCCCGGCUUCCACGGCGUUGGGAGGAACGGGGUCCUUCCACAGGCGUUCGACCAGUUCUUCGACACCGCAUACGGGAUCGCAGAGAGCAGCACGACGCCGACGACCCAUGCACCAGACCCGGACAGACAAGGAGCCAAAAGCAGCCCUGCUCCGGAUCAUGCAUGCUCGGACAUGUUGGAGAGCUGCAGCCCCAAGUCGUCCCCCGGCCACAGCGACGAGAAACACAGCAGAAGCAGCAGUGGCCAGAGGACGCGCAAAAAGAGAUGUCCUUAUUCAAAGUAUCAGAUCAGAGAACUGGAGAGGGAGUUCUUUUUCAGCGUUUACAUCAACAAAGAGAAACGCAUGCAGCUCUCACGGAUGCUGAACCUGACAGAUCGACAGGUCAAAAUCUGGUUUCAGAACAGGAGGAUGAAGGAGAAGAAACUGAACAGAGACCGUUUACAGUACUACACCACGACCCCCCUGCUAUGA